AGAAUUUCAGCUCCAGCUCCCGGGACAGCUCCGGUCCUCGAUUUCUUUACCUGUAAAAUGGGGUGAGCACAACAGGGCUACCUGACAGGGUAAGAGCGCAGCUGUGCUUACUGGUCAUUGCUGACUCUGCUGAUCCCUGGCCAAGAAAAUAGCCAUCCAGUGGCUGGCUCUGGGCCUGUCCUCCAGAUCUGCCCCCUUGCCCCCCAUUCCACCAACCCUGGGCAACUACAGGCACCAAUGGUAGCAUGUGGGAGGGGUGGGAGCCUGCCCAGCCCUGUCCUCCAAAUGGUGCUGGAAGCAGGCCCUGGCCGCCUCCCAAGGAGAGCGCUGAGAAGGUCGGCCAAAGCAAGGCAGAAAACAAGCUGGGGUGGGGUGGGCAGGGGGGCAAAGGAGGGGGAGCUUGGAAGGAGGGAUCCAAGGCGGUGGCCUGCAUGGGCACAGCACAGGCAGAGCCGGGCCCAGGAGUCUGCAGAAAUAGUGGUUCCGGAGGGCCCCCACUCUCAGGCUAGGUUUGGAGUCCUCUGUCUUGGCCUCAUCGACCCUGCCUCAGCUUCUGGGAACCCACGAGGAAGCGGCUAAGACUGAGGGUCUGUGCACCGCUCCAGGAUGCAAGCUCCCGGUGCAGGCUCGGCCUCCGUGGUCUCGCUCGUGCUGCUGUGGCUGUUGGGGCUGCCGUGGACCUGGAGCGCAGCGGCGGCGCUCGGCGUGUACGUGGGCGGUGGCGGCUGGCGUUUCCUGCGCAUCGUCUGCAAGACCGCAAGGCGGGACCUCUUUGGCCUCUUCGUGCUGAUCCGUGUCCGUCUGGAGCUGCGGAGGCACCAGCGCGCCCGCCACACCAUCCCGCGGAUCUUCCAGGUGGUGGCCCGGCGGCAGCCGGAUCGCCUGGCACUGGUGGACGCAGGCAGUGAUGUGUGCUGGACCUUCGCGCAGCUGGAUGCCUACUCCAAUGCUGUGGCCAACCUUUUCUGCCAGCUGGGCUUUGCAUCAGGUGACGUGGUGGCCAUCUUCUUGGAGGGCCGGCCGGAGUUCGUGGGGCUCUGGCUGGGCCUGGCCAAGGUGGGCGUGGAAGCCGCUCUGCUCAAUGUUAACCUACGGCGCGAGCCCCUGGCCUUCUGCCUGGGCACCUCGGGGGCCAAGGCCCUCAUCUUCGGAGGGGAGCUGGCGGCAGCGGUGGCCGAGGUGAGCGGACAGCUGGGGAAGAGCCUGGUCAAGUUCUGCUCUGGAGAACUGGGGCCUGAGGGCAUCUUGCCAGACACCCAGCUCCUGGACCCAUUGCUGAAGGAGGCCUCCACAGCCCCCCUGGCACAGCCCCCUGACAAGGGCAUGGAUGAUCGACUCUUCUAUAUCUACACCUCGGGGACCACAGGGCUGCCCAAGGCUGCCAUUGUAGUGCACAGCAGGUACUACCGCAUCGCAGCCUUCGGCCACCACGCCUACAGCAUGCAGGUGGCAGACGUGCUCUAUGACUGCCUGCCCCUGUACCACACGGCAGGGAACAUCAUGGGCGUGGGGCAGUGUCUCAUCUACGGGCUGACGGUGGUCCUCCGCAAGAAGUUCUCCGCCAGCCGCUUCUGGGAUGACUGCGUCAAGUACAACUGCACGCUCGAAACGGCUUCAUUCAGACUCCGGAGUCAGGCUGCCCAGCUUCAAAUCAAGCUCUGCUGUUUAUCAGCUUUGGUCCAGGUGGUCCAGUACAUCGGGGAGAUCUGCCGCUACCUGCUGAAGCAGCCGGUGCGUGAGGCGGAGGGGCGGCACCGCGUGCGCCUGGCGGUGGGCAAUGGGCUGCGGCCCAACAUCUGGGAGGAGUUCACCGAGCGCUUCGGUGUGCGCCAGAUCGGCGAGUUCUACGGAGCCACUGAAUGCAACUGCAGUAUAGCCAACAUGGAUGGCAAGGUUGGCUCCUGUGGCUUUAACAGCCGUAUCUUACCCCAUGUGUACCCCAUCCGGCUGGUGAAGGUCAAUGAGGACACCAUGGAACUACUGCGGGAUGCCCAGGGCCUCUGUAUCCCAUGUCAGGCCGGGGAGCCCGGCCUCCUUGUGGGCCAGAUCAACCAGCAGGACCCACUGCGUCGCUUCGAUGGCUACAUCAGCGAGAGUGCCACCAGCAAGAAGAUUGCCCACAGUGUCUUCCGCAAGGGCGACAGUGCCUACCUCUCAGGUGACGUGCUGGUGAUGGAUGAGCUGGGCUACAUGUACUUCCGGGACCGUGGCGGGGACACCUUCCGCUGGCGUGGAGAGAAUGUUUCCACUACAGAGGUGGAGAGUGUGCUGAGCCGCCUGCUGGGCCAGACAGAUGUGGCUGUGUAUGGGGUGGCUGUGCCAGGAGUGGAGGGAAAAGCAGGCAUGGCAGCCAUCGCAGACCCCCACGGCCAGCUGAGCCCCAAUGCACUGUACCAAGAGCUGCAGAAGGUUCUGGCGCCAUAUGCCCGGCCCAUCUUCCUACGCCUCCUGCCCCAGGUGGACACCACAGGCACCUUCAAGAUCCAGAAGACUCGACUGCAGCACGAGGGCUUCGACCCACGCCAGACCUCGGACAGGCUCUUCUUCCUGGACCUGAAGCAGGGCCACUACCUGCCGCUGGACCAGGGUGUCUACACCCGCAUCUGCUCGGGUGCCUUUGCCCUCUGAUGCUCCUCCUCUGCUUGCUAGAGGCUGCCAGCUGGGCCUUGCCCGUGAGGCAAGCUUGAGCCAGACAGCCCUGCCUGCGGAGGGGCUGGUCCAGAUGCUCCAGGUGGGGCCAUCCUGGUGCCGCGCAGCUGGGUCCCAGCAGGAGCCCCCGGCUCUCCUCUAUCUUCGCUUUCCUCUUUUCUCCUCUAGGCUCUCUCCUGCCUGAAUUCUGGCUUCUGUGUUUAUGUGUGUGUGUGUCUUCUCCCUGCUUCCGUUCCAUCUGCCCUCACCUCUUCCCUCUCUCCUCCCCUGCUCUCUCCUGGGAUCUAUAGGCGUGCAGGGUCUCGUUGCCCUCGAGGGGCAUCCCUGCUGGGUCCUGGACCCAGAGUGGAGCCUCCUGGCUUCCCUCUCAGCUGUGCCUUAAGGAGCCUCUGUCCAGGCCUCCCCAGGCUGCCGGACUCCAGGGCAUCCUCGCCCUCUCUGAGUGUCAGGCAGACCCUCCAGCCUCCCCACCGGCCCCCGAGCAGAGGAGCCACAGGUGGUCCGCCCCACUCACCU